AUGCUCAAUUACAGCAAAGUAAUUUUCAUAGGCGACAGUCUGACGGAGCUGUCGUUCGACCCGACACAAUUCGGCCUGGGGUCUGCGCUGAGCCACCACUUUCGCCGCAGAGCCGAUGUCUACAACCGAGGGCUGAGUGGCUACAACUCUGUGUGGCUCGAAGACCAGAUUGACAGGAUAUGCCUGGAGUUUGAAGACUCAGCAAGUCAGGUGGUGUUGAUCAUUCUGUGGCUGGGUACCAACGACUCAGUGAUCCCAGGAAACCCACAUCAUGUGCUGGAGUCCGAGUUCCUCACCAAUCUCAAGAAGUACACCGCCAAGUUGCUGAGCACGUUCCCCGAAGCAAAUCUUCUGCUUCUCACUCCGGCGCCCAUUAACAUGACCCAACUGCAGGUGAGUACCCUGAGUGACAGCGGCAAAGCAAGGACACCCGAGUUGGCGCUGCAAUACGCCCAAAUCGUGGUCAGGUUUUUCCGGGAACAAUGCCAACCAGAUCCGCACGUCAAAUGCAUCGAUUUGUACAAUCUUUUGGGAAGCGGCAAAGAUGACGACUUCUACGUUGAUGGCGUCCAUCUGAACUCGGCAGGAUACAGAGAAGUGUGGAACGCGGUGCAUCAGGAGCUUGUGGGCUGGGUCGAACUACCUCUGAUCGAGCCUCAUUGGACAGUCAAGGCUGGAGAGCAGAAGCUAGGGGAGGAUCACACCGGAUGA